GGUUGACCGUUCCGUUCAGUUUCCGCCAAAACCGCGAACCGCAUUUCAUCAAUACCGAGAGUAAUGUAGUUUUUCUGGACACGAACGGGAAUAAAGGAACUUACAACGAUGGAAGGACGGUUCUCCGUGAAGAUUGUCGACGGACCGGUGGUCCUCAGAGAGAAUGGUAACGCGACCAACGGGAAUCUUAAGAGCACAUCAACGACGUGCCUUCAUCCUCCAACGCAAAGCACCCCGAAGAGGAAGAAAUCUUUGGUGCAGAUGACCAGGGAGGCUUUACCCAGACUGGAGAACUACAGGAAUUCUAGGAGAGCUCUGAAGAGACCAUCGCUAGGCGAAUUGCAUGGAGGAGAAGACAACGUCAAGGAAGCGAAUGGAACUGCGGAGAAUCUUGAGGCACAGAUCCCGUCCGGUCAUGGCAUCAAAUUGGGAUGGAUCCAAGGGGUCCUCAUACCGUGCCUCCUCAACAUUUGGGGUGUCAUGCUCUUUUUGCGUUUAUCCUGGGUGGUGGCACAAUCAGGAAUAUGGGGUACAAUGUUGAUCAUCGCUAUUUCCGCAAUCGUUUGCGUAAUCACAACUUUAUCUCUCUCUGCUAUAAGCACGAAUGGAGAAGUCAAAGGAGGUGGUAUUUACUAUAUUAUAUCGAGGUCUUUGGGACCUGAAUUCGGGGCUUCUGUUGGAGUCGUUUUUGCGUUCGCUAACGCCGUUGCGGCUUCGAUGAACACCAUAGGUUUCUGCAACUCUCUGAACGAUCUUCUGAGUAGUUACGACUUGAAGAUCAUCGAUGGUGAUCUUAUGGAUGUGCGACUCGUCGGAUGCAUUGCCUUAUUGGUGAUGGUCAUCAUCUGCGCGGUGGGAAUGGAAUGGGAGAGCAAAGCGCAGAACUUCUUGAUCGCCAUCAUUCUUGGAGCCAUCGUCGAUUUCAUAGUGGGCACCUCGAUGGGUCCUCAAACCCAAAAGUCCAGAGCCGAAGGAUUCAACGGAUUCAGCUACGAAACGUUCAAGAAUAAUUUCAACCCUUCGUAUCGUAAGCAAGAUGGCAUCGAAUACGAUUUCUUCCAAGUCUUCGCUAUUUUCUUCCCAUCCGUCACCGGUAUUCAAGCCGGAGCUAACAUUUCAGGAGAUCUUAAAGAUCCGGCUUCUUCUAUACCGAAAGGAACUUUGUUGGCUCUUUUGCUGAGUAUGAUUUCGUACGCUCUUUUCGUGAUCUUCGCAGGGGGAGCCGGAAUGCGGGACGCCAGCGGAAGCGUCGAGGAUUUGCUGAAUGGGACUUUAACCGAUUGCGUAAAAGAUCUUUCUUGCCACCACGGACUUUUCAACAGCUAUUCCAUGAUGCAAUUGAUGUCCGCUUGGGGACCAUUGAUUUACGCCGGAUGCUUCGCAGCUACUUUGAGCACGGCUCUAACUAAUCUGCUAUCAGUUCCAAGGCUGCUUCAAGCGCUCGGAAUCGAUAGGAUCUAUCCAGGAUUGAUUUUCUUCUCGAAGGGAUACGGGAAAACGGGAGAACCGUACCGCGGUUACGUCCUCACUUUCUUCAUCUCGUGCGCCUUCGUUCUCAUCGCCGAUCUUAACGCCAUAGCUCCGCUGAUUUCCAACUUCUACUUGGCCUCCUACGCUCUCAUCAACUUCUGCACUUUCCACGCAGCACUCAUCAAACCCUUAGGAUGGAGACCUACCUUCAAGUACUACAACACCUGGUUAAGUUUGGCUGGUUUCUUCAUGUGCGUGGUGAUCAUGUUCUUGAUCAACUGGCAAUCGUCCCUGAUCACCUUCAUCGUAAUUUUAGCGCUUUACCUGAUCGUCGUCUACAGAAAACCAGACGUGAAUUGGGGAUCUUCGACUCAAGCCCAAACGUACAAAACGGCUUUGACUACCACUCACCGUUUGAUCAACAUCGGGGAGCACGUGAAGAACUACGAACCGCAGAUCUUGAUCCUUUGCGGUUCGCCGCACGUGCGUCCUCCUCUCCUGGAUUUUGCAAACAUGAUCACGAAAAACAACUCGCUCCUCAUCGUCGGUGAAAUUCUUGAGAAAAAGUUGUCGUAUCGCGCCAGAUCGAGCAAGAGGAGGUCAGCAUACGAAUGGUUCAGGCAGAAUAAGAUCAAAGCCUUCUACUCCGUGGUUGAUGGCAUAACCUUCGAGCAAGGUUCCAACGCUCUGAUCCAGGCUUCAGGUAUCGGCAGAUUAGCACCGAACGUGCUCAUGAUGGGCUACAAAAACGACUGGAUGAUUUCGAAACCGGAAGAUUUAACAGCGUAUUUCAACGUGCUACAUUCUGCGUUCGAUAAUCGUCUUUCAGUUGCCAUCCUUCGCGUACCGGACGGUUUGGAUUACAGCAGGAUAACGGAAGAGGAAGAUGCUACGCACAGUACGGAUAUUACGUACAGUCAGCCUCCUUCGAGAGCUGAUUUGAGGCCGUUCGCAGCUACUCGCAUGAUGCAUGCAGACUCCAAUCUCAAUAUCAGUCACAUCGACCAUUCGGUAUCGGAUUCUGUGCAAUCGAUAACCGUUCUAAACGGCGUAAACGUCAAUAAGAAGGGUUCAACAUCCUCCGCGCAAUUGAGGAGCAAAAAGAAGACUGCAAUCGAUAAGAUCCUGUUCACUUCGCCAACGGGUAAACAGCUUCCUGCUUCCGUUUUAGAAAGCAUGUCGAUGUUCAGGAAGAAGCAAGGUAAAGGCAUCAUCGAUGUCUGGUGGCUUUACGACGACGGUGGUCUCACCAUGCUUCUACCCUACAUCAUUUCCUGCAGACAGGAUUGGAUUAAUUGCAAGCUAAGAGUGUUUGCUUUAACCAGCAAUCAAGCUGAAAUCGAAACAGACAAGCAACACAUGGCAGAUCUUCUGAUGAAAUUUAGGCUUAAGUAUUAUAGUUUAGAAAUGGUGCAAAUCUCGGAUAAACCAAAAGCUAGCACGAUAGAAUUCUUCGAUAAUUUAAUCGAAGGCUUCCUCGUCGAAGACGCUACAGCUGAAGAAGGAAAAGUGACGGAGCUUGAGUUGGCCGCUCUGCAGGAGAAGACUUACAGGCAGCUGCGAUUACGCGAAUUGCUUCUUGAGAAUUCGAAAGAUUCUAAUCUUAUUGUGAUGUCAUUGCCAAUGCCUAGGAAAGGCACGGUUUCGGCGCCUUUGUACAUGGCCUGGCUCGAAGCCCUGACGAAAGAUUUGCCUCCGUAUCUUCUAAUCCGAGGAAAUCAGCAAUCGGUCCUCACCUUCUAUUCCUAGUUUCGUUCCUGUUUUCUUUUUUUUUAGAGAUGUGAUCUAGUUUAGUUUAAGAACGUAAUCUCUAGUUUAUAAGAAAAAAAAACAAAUAUUAUUUAUUAUUUGACGUUGAAACGCACGAGAGGAAAAAAAAUAAGAAGAAAGGUUUUCGUAGUGAAUAUAAGAAGCCGACUUCGUUUUUAAUAUAAAUUAUUUUUUAAUUAUCAUUAAUAAUAAUCAUUAGCGUCUUUUCAUUCUUUUCUUUUAUACACAAUAUCCAAUGUAUACAAUUUUUUUUUUUUAAUACUUUUAAUUG